AUGCAGGUCCCAUUCGUCGGGUUUCAGCCAAUCAGGACGAGCGAACACAUGGCCGCUGCAGGUGUGUUCGCGCUCCUUCAAGCCUACGCCUUCCUGCUGUACCUGAAGGACCGGCUGACCAAACAGGAGUUCCAGACGCUGUUCUUCCUCGGGGUGUCGCUAGCCGCCGGCGCAGUCUUCCUCACUGUCAUUUAUCUCACGUAUACAGUGGGCAGUGAGGUCUCGUGCUCUGGACCACAGGAGCUGGUGGGCCAUGAGUCUCGGUACUCGUGCUCUGGACCACAGGAGCUGGUGGGCCGUGAGACUCGGUACUCGUGCUCUGGACCACAGGAGCUGGUGGGCCGUGAGACUCGGUACUCGUGCUCUGGACCACAGGAGCUGGUGGGCCGUGAGACUCGGUACUCGUGCUCUGGACCACAGGAGCUGGUGGGCCGUGAGACUCGGUACUCGUGCUCUGGACCACAGGAGCUGGUGGGCCGUGAGUCUCGGUACUCGUGA